AAGGAGUGGGGUCUGGGUUUAAGGGUGGGGCUUACCAUUGUGGGGGGUCAGCAUUUAAGGGUGAGGGGUCAGUGGAAAGAGAGAAGUCAGUCUAGGGAGAGGAGUUUGGGGUCAGAUCCAUCACUGAGGGAGAGGGUGUGCAUGUGUGUAGGGGGGCUGUGCUCAGGGUCACUGUAGGAAGGGCAGAGGGGUGUCUGGAGUCAGCACCAUGGAGCUCGCUGGCCUGCUGAAAUCCCUGCAGCUGGAGAGCCAGCGGGAGAGGGGAGGCCCCGAAAGCCCCCCUGUCUCUGCCCCUCCAGCAGAGCAGGUUCUUUCCCAAAUCCUCUCGCUUUUCUCAGCCCCAGGAGUCAGCAGCAAUGCCAAGGCAGGGAUGGUCAGAGACCUGCGGGUGCUCUUCGAGGCGGCAGACUGUCAGUGGCUGUUUGGGGACUCUCGCCCUAGUGCAACCCCCAAGCUGCUGGAAGAUUUGGUGACUGCCCUGAGCCACUACGCAGGACUGCCAAAGCAGGAGUCGGACACCAGGGGCCCACCCAGCGAUGAGGGCUUUUACGCCACAGUGCCUGAUAGAACAGCCGAGGUUGGCUUGGUAUUUCUUAGCCUCCUUGCUAAAGUGGAAGCUACCAAGGGCUCUAGGACCCUGGGUGCCCUGGCAGUGAGACAGAUCCCGCCACGCUGCCUAGGACGGAUCUACAUCUUUGCUGCAGCGCACCAUUCGGAGAAGCCAUGGACCAACCCGAAGUCUCAGGCAGUAGCAAAGGAACUGCUGACUUUGCUGGUUCAGGCUGCAGGCUGCGGGUCGCUGGCUGAAUUCCUCCGGGGAGAAAGCGAAGAUGAGGAAGGGAAGUUUGCUGCCGUGAUGGGACUUCUGAAGCCAGAGCUGACUAAAGAAACUUGGAAGCGUAAUCCUGCCACAAAGCAUGUGUUCUCCUGGACGCUGCGUCAAGUCACCCGGCCGUGGCUUAGCCAUCACCUGGAGACUGUCCUCCCCCCAUCUCUGUUCCUUUCGGAUGACUACCAGGAGGAGAAUAAAAUCCUGGGCGUGUGCUGCCUGCAUCAUAUCAUUCUUAAUGUGCCAGCUGCCGAUUUGAACCAGUUCAACAGGUCCCAGGUUGUUUACCACGCACUGUACCAGCACCUCUAUGCACGGGAGGCGCAGCUCAUGCAGGUGGUGCUGCUGUGCUUGCUAGACCUGCUGCUGGUGCUGGAGAGAGCCCCGCAGGGACUGUCCCAGAAACCCAAAGCAGCUGCUCCCUGCCAUGACGUCCUGCAGCUCGUGCUGACUCACAUGGAAGCAGAACAUCGGCUCCCUCUCCGCAGAGUGUAUGCCAGGAACCUGCCUGCCUUUGUGGAGAGACUUGGCAUCCUGGUCACAAAGCACCUGAAGAGGCUGGAGCGAGUGAUCAUGGGCUAUCUGGAGGUCUGUGACAGUCCAGAGGAAGCAGCCAGACUGGGAAUACUAGAGACACUGAAGUGCACCAUACAGCAUGCCUGGCCAAGAAUGGCCUGCAGGCUCGCCGUGCUCCUCAAGGCCCUGCUGAGGCUGAUUUGGGAUGUCGCUACUGAUGGAGGCCUGACACCCGAGCCAGCGAGAACAGCCCUGUUCCAAGGGGCCACAGAGUGCCUGAUCCUGCUGGAUCGCUGCUCUCAGGGGCAAGUGAAGAUCCUGCUUGAAGGAAUCGGCAAGAGCUGUGACGACAGCAGCCUCCAGGCCUGCAUCAGGCAAGUGCAAGAGAACACCUGAGACCCGCCUACGAAGAGCCGAACCUGGUUUGGUUUGGGGGUUUUUUUUUUUUUUUUUACAUUAAACUAUUU